GUGGGUAAGGCAAGAUGGCGGCUGUUGUGUCUUGCCGGCGGUUUUUUCGCGGCCUGUUGUUGCCAAGGGCAGGUUCUGGCGUUUCUGCAUUAUCUGCAUUGCCACCUAGAUUGCAGAAGCACCGCCAAGUUCAUCAUGCGGUCAUCCCUCAUGGAAGAAGUGGGAGGUCCUCCGUUAGUGGCAUUGUGGCCACUGUCUUUGGAGCUACAGGCUUCCUGGGACGAUAUGUUGUCAAUCGUUUAGGUCGCAUUGGAUCUCAAGUAAUCAUCCCCUAUCGCUGUGAUCAAUAUGAUCUCAUGUAUCUGCGACCAAUGGGUGACCUGGGACAACUUCUCUUCCUAGAGUGGGACUGUAAAGAUAAAGACUCUAUCCGAAGAGCCGUGGAACACAGCAAUGUGGUCAUUAAUCUUGUUGGAAAGGAGUGGGAAACAAAAAACUUCAAUUUUGAAGAUGAAUUUGUAAAUAUUCCUAGAAGUAUUGCCCAGAUAAGUAGGGAAGCUGGUGUGGAAACACUUGUGCAUAUAUCUCAUCUGAAUGCUAACAUGAAGAGUCCUUCCAAAUACCUCAGAAGUAAAGCAGUUGGAGAGAAAGCAGUGAAGGAAGAAUUUCCAGAUGUUAUAAUUUUGAAGCCCUCUGAGAUGUUUGGGAGAGAGGACCGCUUUCUCAAUCACUAUGCAAACAUGCGCUGGUUUGGUGGUGUACCUCUUAUUUCUCUGGGAAAAAAAACAGUGAAGCAACCAGUAUAUGUAGUUGAUGUUGCAAAGGCAAUUAUUAAUGCAAUUAAGGAUCCUGAUGCCAAAGGAAAAACAUAUGCCUUGGUUGGACCUAAUCGAUACCUACUUUAUGACUUGGUGGAGUACAUCUAUGCUGUUGCUUUUCGAACCUUUUUUCCAUAUCCACUUCCACGUCCUCUUUAUCAUUUAAUUGCAAGAUGCUUUGAGAUUAAUCCAUUUGAACCAUGGUUAACACGAGACAAAGUGGAUCGGUUUCAUACAACUGACAUGACAUUUCCUGAUCUUCCUGGUCUGGAGGACCUGGGUAUUCAACCAACGCCUCUAGAACAAAAAGCAAUUGAAGUUCUGCGCCGUCACCGUAGGUUCCGCUGGUUGGAGGCUGAGCUGGAGGAAGCAAAGCCAGCAAAGACUUAUCCCAUGUAACAGUUGCCAAGGUUACUCAUGCUUCCUAAAUUGCUUCCCUGUAACCUAGUUUGAAGAACUGUGUACACACUGAGUAAAAUCUGUUAAUCACAUGAACUGUAUUUCACUAGUGUUCCUGUCUCAUUUUUAAUUAUGGGUGAAUCUCAGUGAUAUUUAGUAGUUCUCUUUAAUAGGUCAUGAGGAAAUAUGUCAUUUACUCCACUUUUAAAUUUGAGAAUUUCAUUAUUUUGAGAUGCUCCAAACUUUUAUGUGUAGAGCUGUUGCUUUGAUUUUUGGCAGGAGAGAUGAGUUGUGUUUCAAAAUUAAAUAAUGAUGAUUAUUUAAAGACCCAAAGAAGGAACCUUACCUUUUACCACAUAGAAAGUACAACAAAGUGCUGCUGCCACAUAGUACUUUGCUUUCUAUUUGGUUAAGUUUUGGUUAGAUUUUGACAGGGGCACUGUAAGGCAUGAUGUAGUUAAGGCAGAGUAAGAUUUGUGCACUGGGCUGAGGAGAGAUCUAGAUCUUCUGUUUUCAGUACAAUGCUCUGAUGACUCCAAGAAAAGAGAAAGGAAGAGAAGGAAGAUAUUCUGUGAAUCAAGGGAGCUUUUAGUUUUGGAAGAAGGCCAAGUUGCAUUAAUUAGAAUGAGCUGAGUUUGGUGAGAAACCUGGUUUUAAUUGGUCCUGGGAGAGAGGAUACAGUGAGUGACAGAACAUCUUGUUUUCCUUGUCAAGUUUCCUACUAUUUGCCUUUGUUGGCUGUGACAACAGGAGAGGAGGGAAUGGGACAAAGCGGGCAAAUGAUAAGCAUGUCAAAGAGAGAAUCCUAGUGGGAUUGCAGAAACAUGACAUGGAGGUUGGGACUAAGAAGAUGAUUAAUAUGGAGCAUAGGAGAAAAAAAGCUCAAUCUUGAGUUGAUCAAAAAGUCCAAGGAGAGUAGGAGAAGAAGCACAAGUCUUUCCAUUACAUCAAAGUCAUCGCUGAAACAAAGGAUCAAAAUCUGCUUCUCUGCUGUCACCAAGCUACUGUAAAAACCCCAGCCAAACAAUUUAUUUAAUUUGAAUGGUGCCUCCUGUUGCUCAUCUUGAUAUGCGACCUACUUCUGGUAAUGUUUCUACUGUUGGGAGGUGUUGGGUGCAUGUAAUUGUAUAGAUUUUUCCGAUCCUGCCUUUUCAUGUUGGCUUUUAUGGAUUGUUUGUUUAUUUCUGUGAAGUUCGCUCAUUCGAAGUUUACCAAGUCACACAUUCAAAGCUAUCAAAAAUUAGAAGUGAAGUGCAUAUUGUUAAUUUGAUCCCUAACUGUUAACAAUUUUUCUUUUACUUGCUUGUAUAUUUUUUCCCAAGGAACCAUAACUUUAAUAUGCUAACAAAUCAUAACAAAUACCUGGUUUGAUCUAAUUUAUGUGGCAUACAGGUGAUUUACUGCAUGCUAUUCAAAUCCUAUGGUUUAAUGCUGUAGUACUACAGUGUAAUACUUAGUGUAGUAAACUGCAGUACAUUUUGUAUUGUCUCCCAUGGACUGCAGAGAUGAACAAUUACCAUUCUGUUCAUACAUGAACAAUGGUCUGUUUCCAUUUACAGAUGGCAAAAAGGCUGAAAAAAUGGCAAAGGCAAAAUACUCCUAGUGUAAGUCAGUUUGAAAAGACUUACU